AUGUCCGCUCAAAGCGACCAUAGCAUUCUUCAACCGGCGCCCAACGAGCCACCUGUCGUUUUAGAUCAGGUGCCAUGGAAUACUCUGAAGGAAUCCCUGUCCCUGCUUUCUUGCCUAGAAGGAAAGAAAGAGCUAUCGUCAUCUCCACCAAUCUUCAGCCCCUCCAGAAACAUUGUCCAUCGAGCCACAGACGACCAAGCUUUUGCGAUUGGGAGCAAUGCCAUACCCCCAAGGGACGGGCGACCACUGGAGUCAGUUCUGGAAGAUGCACGCCAUAUCUUUUCCUAUAGGUCACGAACUGGACAUCCACGCUUUCUUGGGUUUAUUCCGUCGCCAGCGCUGCCUGUGUCCUGGGUGGGCGACGUUAUUACAUCUGCAUAUAACACAUUUGCUGGGAGUGCAGAGGCAGCCUCGGGGGUAUUUGAAGUUGAGCGAACUCUGGUUUCAUGGCUAUCGACCCAGCUUGGGCUACCAUCUGAUACGGCAGGCGGGCACUUUGUUUCAGGCUCAUCCAUAGCAACGCUGACGGGAGUCACGGUAGCCCGUGAUCACUUACUGAACACUGAUAUGCGACACCGGGGAGUAGCCUACAUCUCGGACCAGGCACAUUUCUCUGUUGCAAAAGCACUGCGCAUCAUCGGAUGUACUAGCGACCAGAUCCGGGUGAUCCCUAGUGAUAAUGAUUGCAGAUUUAGUCUCGCAGAUCUUCGGUCAACUAUCUUGCAGGAUGUGAACAAGGGUCUCCGACCUUUUCUCGUUGUUGCCACCUGCGGGACGACCAGUACGGGAGCUGUCGAUCCCAUCAUCAAACUAGCCGACAUCGCGAAGGACCAUCACAUGUGGUUGCACAUCGACGCUGCGUAUGGUGCGUCAGUGGCGCUAUCAUCGUCCCAUCGGCACUGGGUGGAAGGACUAGGUCGCGCCGACAGCAUCUCCUGGGACGCGCAUAAAUGGCUCUUCCAGACUUAUGGCUGUGGCCUUGUCCUAUUCCGCAAUAACACUCUGGCCCUGAAAAGCUUUUCAGGAACAGGGGAGUACGUGCGGGACGUCGAAGGUCUGCUUGAAUCCCGGUCGAGCAUGGACAUCGUGACAAGUUCAUGGGACUACGGAAUCGAGCUGACGAAGCCUGCUCGCUACAUGCGUUUCUGGAUGACCCUGCAGGUCCUCGGGCUGGAUUGCAUUGAUCGCAUGAUCAGCCAUGGUUUUAUGUUAGCUGCAAAGAUGGAGCAGGAGCUCCUGCACCGAGACUGGGAGGUUCCAUACAACAGUUUGGCGAUUGUGAACUUUCGUUUUCGCCCCCGAAUCCAACGGGACAUGCUCUGCGAGGAGGCCUUGGACAAACUCAACAAUUGUAUUUCUCGAGAGUUGGAGAGCCGUCAGGUGGCUGCGGUUUAUACAUCCCAAAUAUAUGGGAAAGUGUAUUUACGAGCGUGCACUAUUAAUCCGCAGACUACGGUGGAGGACAUUGCAUUUGUGGUGCGUGAGUUAGAUCUCAUUGCCAGGAGACUCCUUGAAGCCUUCAUCAGCGCAGAGACAGGAAAAGGUGGAAUUGAUCCAUCGUCAUAG